AUGGUUGCCAAAUAUGGUCCCGGUUUUCAACCUCCAACAAGUCAUGAGUUAAAGACUUGGAUUUUGAAGGAAGAAGUUCAAGAUGUUCAAAAGUUGAUGGAAGAGCACAAAAAGGAUUGGAACAAAUAUGGAUGUAGUAUUAUGUCCGAUGGUUGGACGGAUGGCAAGAGUAGGGUUAUACUUAAUUUUUUAGUAAAUAGUCCUAAGGGUACGUGGUUCUUGAAAUCGGUAGAUGUAUUGGAUACAAUAAAAAAUGGAGAGUUGAUGCUAAACUACUUGGACAGAGUUGUAGAAGAGGUAGGGGAAAAUAAUGGCAUCCAAGUAGUCACGGACAAUGCUUCCAAUUACAAGUGGGCGGGAAAGGAAUUGAUGUCAUAUAGAAGCAACCUGUGGUGGACACCUUGUGCAGUUUAUUGCAUUGAUUUGAUGUUAGAAGAUAUUAGCAAGUUGAAAGUGUUUGAAACCACCACUCAAAGAGCUAAGCAAAUUGUGAAGUUCAUUUAUGGCCAUACACAAGUACUUGCUAUCAUGAGGAAAUUCACAUCAAAUAAGGAGAUUAUUCGGCCGGCGGUAACAAGGUUUGCAACCUCUUUUCUCACUCUUCAAAGUUUAUAUAAGCAAAAAGGAGCUCUUAUUAGUAUGUUCCAAUCAAACGAUUGGUUGGAAUGUGAGUCUACAAAACAUAAGGAAGCUAAUGAUGUGAAGAAGUGGAUCCUCCGUGAUGGGAGUUUUUGGAACCAUGUGGCUUAUUGCAUAAAAAGUGUGAUGCUACUUGUUUGUGUCUUAAGAGAGGUUGAUUCGGAAGUGAGACCGGCAAUGGGAUUUAUUUAUGAGUUGAUGGAUGCCGCUAAGGACAAGAUUGCAACUAAUCUUGGAAAUGUGGAAGCUAAGUAUCUUCCAAUUUGGAGGAGGAUAGAUAAUAGGUGGACUCCACAACUUCAUCAACCAUUGCAUGCGGCGGGUUAUUACUUGAAUCCUAAAUUCUGA